CAUUCAUCGCAAAAAUCCAUCCGAUUUCGCGACGCGAGCCCUAAUCGAAUUGGGUAUUGGGUGGGUAGGGAUUUGAUUGAUUAAGCAUGGCGGCAUCGCGGCGUCUCCGGGAGCUUCAAGCGCAACCGGGGAACAGGAUGUGCGUGGAUUGCUCUCAGAAGAAUCCGCAAUGGGCGUCCGUCUCCUACGGCGUCUUCAUGUGCCUUGAGUGCUCCGGCAAGCACCGCGGCCUCGGAGUCCACAUUUCGUUCGUGCGAUCCGUGACCAUGGAUUCCUGGUCCGAGAUCCAGCUCCGGAAAAUGGAGAUGAGCGGCAAUGAAAAGUUCAAUUCCUUCAUCGCUCAGUACGGGAUUCCUAAAUCGACCGAUAUUGUUGCCAAGUACAAUACCAAGGCCGCCGCGGUUUACCGGGAUAAGAUCCAAGCCCUAGCGGAGGGGAAGCCGUGGCGGGACCCUCCCGUCGUCAAAGAAACUCUCACCGGCAACGCCAAUGCCAAUUCCAAUGGUAAGCCCCCUUUGAGCGGCGGUAGGAAAGCGGCCUCAGACUUUGGUGGCGAUUCCGGGUGGGAUAGUUGGGAUAGCUACGAUGAUGGAGGGUAUAAUAACAACAAUGAUAGUAAUAAUAAUAAUAUACGGAGAAAUCAGACGGUGGGUGAUUUCAGGAGAGGCGGCGAUGGUGGUGGUGCUCCAUCAAGGUCGAGAUCAACAGAGGAUAUUUAUAGGGCGCAGCUGGAAACCUCUGCUGCAAAUAAAGAAACUUUUUUUGCUAGGAAAAGGGCGGAGAAUGAGUCCCGGCCUGAGGGUCUUCCACCCUCUCAGGGAGGGAAAUAUGUUGGGUUUGGAUCUAGUCCUUCCCAGAUGCCUAGGAAUAAUAACAAUUAUUCUCAAGGAGGGGAUGUUCUUUCAUCUGUUUCUCAGGGGCUCGGUAAGCUAUCAAUGGUAGCUGCUACAGCAGCCCAGUCAGCUGCAAAUGUAGUUCAAGCAGGGACCAAAGAGAUUACUACAAAGGUGAUAGAGGGAGGUUAUGAUUCAAAGGUGAAUGAAACGGUGAACGUUGUUACAACAAAAACAACUGAGAUUGGUCAUAUGACUUGGGGUAUUAUGAAAGGGGUUCUAGCAUUAGCUUCACAGAAGGUUGAUGAAUAUACUAAAGAGGGGGGCAAUGUUGACUCGAAAAAUGAUAAUUGGCAACAAGACAAUAACCAACAGAAUGGCUAUCAUCAGGAGUUUAAUCAGGACUCGAAGGGAUGGAGUUCUUCAGGAGCUGGGCAGUCUUCAUCUGUCAAUCAAGUUAAUUCUGUCAGCUCAGACUCCUGGGAUGAUUGGGGUAGUAAAGAAGAUACUUGGGAGGAACCUAAGAAGGGUUCACCAGCUACAGCUACAGCUAGUAACAAUGAUGACUGGGCAGGCUGGGAUGAUGCUAAAGAUGAUGGAUACGACAACUUUUACCAGAGUACAUCUGAUGAUAAACAUGUGGCUUCUAAUGGAAAAUCAGAUACCAAGUGGACAGAUGGAGGGUUCAUCUGAUCUGAGGGUAGCAAUUGCUAUUACUUGAACCUUCCCUAAAAAACUUUCCCUUCUAAAUCUAGUUAUAAUGGCAUAACUUGCUGGAAGGGCUUGUGAGUUCAAACAUCCUGUAAAAUUGCAAGACAAGGAGGACUAAUUGCUUCCUCCCAGUAAAUGAAGAAACCUUAGAAAAGAAAGAGCUGAAUAGUGUGUUUUUUCUUUUCCAGACCAUUUUUUAUGUAAUUGAAAUUCAAACCACAUUGGAACAUGUAAGAUGAUAAUUGUUUUUUUCUUUUUCUUUUUUGUUUACUGUUUUUCAUUUCGGUUGGAAUUUAUUAUUUGUUUAUUAUUCCUCAAGUGUAUAUAAACCUUUAAAACU